AUGAAGACUCAGAACAUCAGGACUCUGACUCUGAUCCUCUCUGUUGUUUUCUACCUGCUCGUUGGAGCGGCUGUGUUUGACGCCCUGGAGACAGAGAGCGAGAGCUCCAGGAAGAAGGUGCUGGAGCAGCAGCUGACUGAGCUGAAGACAAAGUACGGCUUGAUGGAGGAGGACUACAGACAGAUGGAGAGAGUCAUCCUGCAGUCUGAGCAGCACCGGGGCGGCAGGCAGUGGAAGUUCACYGGGUCUUUUUACUUCGCUAUCACUGUCAUCACCACCAUCGUUCUGACCAGUUUUCACAUCUCUGCAGAUGAGAAUCAGCUCCACAGCAUGACACCGCCACCACCGUGCUUCACUGUGGGGAUGAUGUUCUCAGCCGGUGUCACUGAAGAAGACAACAGCUUUUCUGACCACAUGACCCCUCUGUCUCAACACCGGCUGGAGAUGAAGCGAGAGAUUGAAAAAGACGACGUGCAGAGUAAUGGAAGAAAGUUUUGGAACUUCCGCUCCACCAGGAAACAGCCUCAAAGAGACUCCUUUAAUUCUGUGGCUGAAUUCUCCAUCCGCUUCCAGAUAGCGGCCAGAGAGCUGGAUGGGAUGAUUUAG